AGACAUGCCAGAAAACACAGCAAGUUCAGAUACUAAUGCAGCAGUGCCCUUAUUGGAGUCGGGAGUUGAUGGAGGUGAAGGACUCAGGUGGUGGAACAAGGUUUUGGAUGUGGAGGAGGCCAAGAAUCAGGUCUUGUUUUCGUUGCCGAUGAUUCUGACCAAUGUUUUCUAUUACUUGAUCACUUUGGUUUCGGUUAUGUUUGCUGGUCACCUUGGUGAGCUUGAGCUUGCUGGGGCAACACUGGCCAAUUCAUGGGCUGUUGUCACUGGAUUUGCUUUCAUGGUUGGGUUGAGUGGAGCACUUGAGACCCUGUGUGGGCAAGGAUUUGGUGCAAAGUCAUACAGAAUGUUGGGAAUUUAUCUGCAAGCCUCUUCCAUCAUAUCUUUCCUCUUCUCUAUCAUCAUAUCUGCAGUAUGGUUCUACACCGAGCCCAUACUUAUCUUACUCCAGCAAGAUCCUCAAAUUUCGAUGUCUGCUGCGGUUUAUAUUAAGUAUCUGAUUCCAGGAUUAUUUGCAUAUGGGUUCUUGAAUAACAUAUUGAGAUUUCUUCAGACACAAUCUGUAGUCAUGCCAUUGGUUUUUCUCUCAGCGAUCCCAUUGGUUUUUCAUAUUGGCAUUGCAUACGGUUUGGUACAUUGGACAGCUCUUGGUUUCAAGGGAGCUCCACUAGCAGCUUCAAUUUCAUUAUGUAUAUCGUUUCUCAUGCUGGCUACGUAUGUUGUUUGUGCUAAGAAAUUUGAGCACACAUGGGAAGGAUUUUCAUUAGAAUCAUUCCACUAUGUCCUGACUGACUUGAAACUUGCUCUCCCCUCUGCAGCGAUGGUUUGCUUGGAGUACUGGGCUUUUGAGAUUCUUGUGCUCUUGGCAGGAUUAAUGCCAAACUCGGAACAAACCACUUCACUAAUUGCAAUGUGUGUGAAUACAGAAACAAUUGCUUACAUGCUUACAUAUGGCCUCAGUGCUGCAGCAAGCACAAGGGUGUCAAAUGAAUUGGGAGAAGGCAAUCCAGACCGAGCUAAGAAUGCGAUGGCUGUGACUCUGAAGCUCUCUGUGCUUCUUGGUGUCUUAGUUGUUCUGGCGCUAGCACUUGGUCACAAUAUCUGGGCUGGCUUCUUCAGUGACAGCACUACAAUAAUUAAGCAAUUUGCUUACAUGACACCAUUUCUUGCAAUUUCAAUAAUGCUUGAUUCGGUGCAAGGUGUCUUAUCAGGUGUGGCUAGAGGUUGCGGUUGGCAGCACUUGGCUGUCUAUGUGAACUUGGGCACAUUCUAUUUGAUUGGUGUGACAAUCGCAUGUCUUCUUGCGUUUAAGCUGAAACUAUAUGCCAAGGGUUUGUGGAUUGGUUUAAUAUGUGGUCUUUCCUGUCAAGCUGGGACACUUUUAUUGCUUACAUUGCGCACAAAAUGGACUCAAUUGGAUUUAGCUCAUCAUACAGCAUCUGUUUAAGUGAAAAGCAGUCAAAGAUUCCGACCAGAAAAAAAAACAGCAGUCAAAGAUAAUAAACAAAUAAGGUAACCCUUUGGCCGGAUGUUGUAGUUUCAUUCUCUAAACUUUAGGAAUCUGACAUAUUUGGAGAGAAGCAAAGUUUCUAGGGACUGGGAUCCUCUCCUCAUAUUUCUCUGCUCAUACUUCCUCAUAAAUGAAUCUGAGCCGUCCAAUCUUAAUGGAUGGCCAGGAUUUCUCUG